CUUCCGGUCCGUCCCUUUACACCUUCCGCCCGGUCCCGGGAGCGGCCAGGGGUUGUGGAGUCGUUAAUUCGGACGUUGGCAGAUUAAGAAAGGUCACAGGACACCAGAAAUGAAUGUAACAAAAGAUGGCUCUCCCGUUCCCAUUGGAGCUCGAAACCACAAGGAUCACUGGCUGACUAAGCGGACUACAUUGAUAACUCCCACAGUGAUGCCGGUAAUGAUGGAAAAGUCGAGUUCAGCAGGAAUCCUGUCCCGUGGUACCAGAAUGAAAAGUAUUAACAGUGGAAGCAACAAUGGGAGCCAGCACCCACGGCACUCUGAAGAGGAGAGCAGCGAUGAGGAACGCUCACAUGGAACUAUGUCUGCUGUUUCCAUUGAGUGGAAAAAACGGGAUCAGCACAGCCUGCAUGACAGUAUGAUCCGGGUUGGAUCCGAUUACCAGGCUGUUGUUCCAGAAUGUCAUCCAGACAGUGCCUCUCGUUUCAGUGAGAAGGAUACAAAAGGCAUGUUGGUAUGGUCUCCCAACCACAACAUUUCUGAUGCAAAACUUGACGAAUACAUCGCCAUGGCCAAGGAGAAGCAUGGGUACAACAUAGAACAGGCACUGGGAAUGCUCUUGUGGCAUAAGCACGAUGUUGAUAAAUCGCUUGCUGACUUGGCCAAUUUCACUCCUUUCCCGGAUGAAUGGACUGUGGAAGAUAAAGUGCUGUUUGAACAGGCCUUUAGUUUCCAUGGGAAGAGCUUCCAGCGCAUCCAGCAAAUGUUACCAGACAAACUCAUCUCCAGUCUGGUGAAAUAUUACUACUCCUGGAAGAAGACCCGAACUCGAACAAGUGUAAUGGAUCGACAAGCUCGCAAGCUGGUGCACAAGAAGGAGCGGGAAGAUAGUAAUGAUGAGGCAGAAGAAGUGACAGUGCAGAUUGCAGACGACAGUGAUUAUGAGCCUGAUGUCAAAAGGGAGCGCUCCGGGGAGCAGAAACCCAUAAAUGGCAAAUCAGUGUCAGUGAAGAGAGAGUCGCAGAGUGUCCAGUAUCGCCAUCAUCCACCACGCUCAAAGAGACGGCCACCUAAGGACAUGUACCUCAGCCAAGAUGAGGUUGCUGGAGUCUCUGCUAACCCUAAUGCUGCCACCAUCUCUCUUCGACAGUUGGACUCACAGCUCAUCUCCAUCAAGCGUCAGGUUCAGACAAUAAAACAGAUAAACAGCUCAUUAAAGCAAACACUGGAUGGGGGGAUCGAUAAACUGCGACCGCCAGAGUCCAAUUUGAAGCUCAACUCUCGCUGGACGACCGAGGAGCAGCUCCUGGCUGUUCAAGGAAUUCGUAAAUAUGGGCGGAAUUUCCAGGCCAUUGCAGAAGUGAUCGGGAACAAGACGCUGACCCAGGUGAAGACCUUCUUUAUCAGUUACCGUCGCCGUUUCAACCUAGAGGAGAUUCUGCAGGAAUGGGAGGCAGAGCAGGAGGUGCAAGGCAAUGCUGGAACUCUGUCGGGACUGGACGAUGGUGGUGCCUGCAACCCAUCACUAGCAUUGAGCGAAGAGGAGGCAGAAGAGGAGGCCGAGGUCCAAGUGACGCCCGUGCUUGCUGCCCCAGCUACACCCACUCCGACCCCUGCUGCCGCCCCAGUGACCCCAGCGACCCUCUCACAGCCUCCACCGCUGCUCAGACCGAGCCUGCCUGCAGCCCCUGCCCUCCACAGGCAGCCACCUCCCCUACAGCAGGGCCGCUUCCUCCUGUCCCGGCCUCCACUCAACCAACCACCUCCUCCACUGAUCCGGCCUGCAGUUGCACUGCCCCCAGGAGCUCGACAGAACCCACGGCCCAUCCUGUCUUCGGUUAGCUCGCAGCACCUCCCCUCCCUCAUCGGUAUCCAGCUUGAAUCACCAUCAUCCUCUGCACACUGAGUCCCACCCAAGACCACGAGCAUCGUAACUACGAUCAACCAUGGCCCUGGGUGUCACAGCUGUGAUCAACAAAGAUGCAAGCAUCUUAGCUACGAUCAACAAAGACUGUAAGCAUCGUACCUACAACCAAUGAAGUCAUAAACAUUGUAGAUGAGAUCAACUAACUUAAAGAGCAUUGUAGCUGCAAUCAGUGAAAACCAGGACUGCAAGCAUCGUAGCUACAAUCAACAAAACAGCGUUUUAAGGCUUUUAGGCUUUUGUUUUGUUCAUUAAUUUCAAAGCUUUAGUUUUUAAAAAGAAGAGUAAGGUUUUAACUUUUUGGUGCUUUGUCAACAUUUGGGAGAUCUGACCUCCCAAAUCUGUAACACUACAAAGCAGUGAUCUGCAUACCUCUAUUCACCCUGAGAAGGAUUAAAUCAAGAUCACCUUGUAUUUUGGGAAAGUGUGUUUGGGCAUCAGUCCUGGUUUCCAGGAGGUGAGAAGGGGAUCAGUUCUUGAACCCCAGGACAGGAGAGGGGAAAUCAGUCUGAAGCUUGGGAUGGGAGAAGAGAGUGAAUCCUGGACCCAAGGAUUGGAGAUAGAGAUGAGUCCUGGAUCCCAGCAUCAGAGGUAGAGGGGUUCACUCAUCACCUUAGUGGAAGAGAGGAGCAAAUGGAUCUCAGGAGGAGACAGAUGUAUUUGGGGUGGGGAGAGAAGAAUGUCUAUCCUGGACUAGACCCUGGAGAUUAAAGGAGUCAGUCCUGUGUCUUGGGAUGGUUUUGGGGAAAGGGGGUCAGUCCAAUUGACCAUUUUCAGUUCUAUAUUAACUGGAUCCCACCCAGAAGUGUUUAUUGUCCAAAUAAAUAGGAUUGUCUUUGAGACUCCCAGUGGAUGUUAUCAAGUGGACAUUAUUCUGGUCCCUCCAGUCCCCUCUCUCCUGAUCCCACUGUUCAUUUGCUGUUUUGAAUCUUACAUAUCCUUCCAGUUCUUGGAUGGCCAGAAGAUUUCUAGAAUGCUUUCCCUGUCUGCUUGAGGGAAGAGCUGUCUGUCCAUCCUUUAGGGCCAAAUGGCUGACGGUGGUGGAAUAACUAAAAGUGAAGACUAAUAUUUCCUUUGUGAAACCCGAAAAGGGACCUUAUGUUGGUUGACUGAGUCUUGGGUGAUGAGGAAGAAUGUUGAUGAGUUAAUAAGCAGAUAGCUGAAGGAUGGAUGGGUAAGAGAAGACACAGUCUGUAUUCCACAUGACUGCAGUACUUGAACAAUGUUGGGGUGCUCUUCAGUCAUAUACGUGAUGGCCAAGAGCAAGGUGCAAGUCCUUAAGUGGCACUCUCAUUGCUGCAGCAUCGUCUAACUGCAGCCUUGAGACUGAGCCCUGCUCCGUUGGUUCAGAAGGUCCUGAUCACCGUUUAUUUGACUUGAUUUCUUUUAAAGUAUGAAUUAGUUUUAAAAACAUAAACUGAGAUUUUCUCUUGUAAGUAUGGACAAAAUCUCAGUGUGAGAACACUAGUCAAUGGGGAGGAAGGUUUGUGAACUUGACGGAUAUUGAUUGGAGAGAUGUGAUGAGUCUAUGGGAUGAAGGUUUACUUGAGCAAUGUUGAGUUUUCCUACAAUUCUGACUCUCAGAAGAAUCCAUUCCAGCCCAUCAUGUCAAAAGGUCUUUUAAAAAAUGUAUCUCAAUUUUUCCACUUGCCCCUUCAGUUUCCGCACAACCUUGCAAGCAGUUCCCUUCCACCUUUUUAUUGCAUUUACAUGGCACGGUGGCACAGUCCAGAUACGUGCAGGUUUAGCGGAUUGGCUAUGCUAAGUUGUCCAUUGUGUCCAGGGAUGUGCAGAUUGGGUGGAUUAGCCAUAGGAAAUGCAGGAUUACAGGGAGGGGUGUUCUGGGUGGGGUACUGUUCAGAGGGUUAAUGUGGACUUGAUGGUUCAAAUGGCCUGCUUCCACACUGUAGGUAUUCCAUGAAAUCUAUAAAUUUAUUUGGACAUUUCUUGUUGAAUCUGCUUCCACUGCCCUUGCAGGAUGCACAUUGUAGAUCAUAACAACUUGCUGUGUCACAAGAUUCCUCAUCGCCUCUCUAGUUCUUUUUAAAUCUGUGUACCUCUGGCUUCUGACUGUUCCUGUCACUGGGAAUCAUUUCUUUUUAUUCUUGUUGAAGUUGUUUAAUUUUGUAUUGCACCAAAGAAGUGAAGGCCGAGAGAUUCUCUCCUCCUCCAUCUCUUUGUCUUAAGUCAUUGCAAGAAUUGCUUUAUUUUCCCUGAUCUCAGCUACUCUGAAUAACUUUUAAGAUGAGAAAACCAUUCUCUAGAAGUAUUACCUAUCUUGCGACCACCUUGCUACCCAUCGUCAGCUACACUCAAGGCACUUAUCAGGGAAGAGGGCAUAAUGGUCACCUCAUUUUCUUCCUCUCUGAUAGUCACCAAUCUUCUCACCUUAUUCCCUCCUGCAUCCCUAUCUCCCUCCUCAGCCACUCCACAACUGUAGCACCCAGCUACAACUCUGAGUAACCAUUUCCAGUGUGAGUUCUAUACUUUCCAUUAUUUUAGAAGCUUUGAUUGCUGUAGCAACUGUCAUCACCUCAGAAACUCACAUCACAAAGUGUUUUCCAGCCAAUGAAAUGUAGUUACUGGUGUAAUGUAAGCAUAAGGAGUUUUACACAUGGUGAGAUAAAUGACGAGAUAUGGUUUUUCAAUUAAGUUGCGAGGGGUCAGUGUUCAUUGACCUCAGGAAGGGUUUACACUCACAGCUGUUCUGACCUUGCUUCAGUGAUGUGUAUCCUCUCAAAAGUCUUGCAGAUGCUUUUCGAUAUUGCUGGGAUGCUAACCUGAACCCUGAAGAGCUGCCCCUCACAGUACCACACCACCAAUCCAAAAGUAGGAGUCAACUAGAACGAUUGGAUAAUGUGUUUAAUAGCAACUCUAACAUUGAGCUGAUGUGCAGGUUUUAAGAUCUUGUUAGCAAAUCCCAGUGAAACAGUGGCAGCAGCACCUGGUUGUGUCAGCUCACUUUGAGCUCUCUAUCUCCAGAGUACUGAUAUGUACGAGGGUAAUUUCAUAAAUUGUUUAAAAUAUGUUCGCUUUUAUCACAGAUGACAAGCCACAGUCACUAGUCAGUAGGCCAAGGGUCUGUCUGUCCGUUUGCAGGAACCCAAAUGCUGCUAGUCUCAGGUCACCUGUACAUAAACAGGUGCCCAGCAUCUGAGGCCUGGAGCUGUGACUUUAGGUGGCCUACAGCAAUCAACUGUGCUCAUUUUGCUGUGUUGGGGUCACUCCCCAGCUCUUGUUUCAUGUCUCUGCUCUGAAUGAACAGAUUUGCAGGCAAGGGAGUAGGUACAAGCACCAUAUAUUUUUUUGUGUAAAACUAUGUUGUAUCCGAGGCAAGGUGUCCAGCGUGCACCAAGACUGAAUGGAACCAUUGAGUUCGUUGAAGGAAUCUCUUGUGUGAAGAUUAAAUGUAUAAUGAGUUGGUUCUGGAGCUUUUAGAAAUUUAGUGAGGUUGUGGAUAGACACUUUCUCUUGCUGUUGUUCAUCCAGAAUUCUGUUGCUACCUUGUGUGUUUUGGGGUUCGGGUGCUGCUGCUGCUGAAACAUUCUGUUUCCUCCACAAAUUUGAGUGUUCCACAGAAUGAUGCUGGUUCCCUCAUGGUGACUUCCCAUUGUGAUUUGGCUAUUUUGAAAUUAGAGCAUCCUUUACCAUUACAGCCACCAAUCUUCUUUGGAUUCACAAGUUUACACAUUUGAUCCUGUGUUAGUCAAUUCUGUAAGCAGUCAGAUCGCCUUUUUAAAAUUUUGUCUUUAUUAUACACCCCAAUCUGAUCAUGAUGACAUCACUUUUAUGCAGAUUGGUGUCUGUCUAUUACCACAAUAAGUUCAGAGUUAGUAAGACUUCUUGGAGUCAUUUAUCUUCUUUAGGUAAAUGUAGGAGGCAAUGCUACUUAUCAGAUUUGCUUUGUUCAGUCAAUACAAGUCAGCUGUGUAUGAUUAUAAAGAAAGCAUGCCAGCCCACUUUGAGGCCUUAGUGAAAUAGAGCAACAACACUUCAUUGAUUGUCCAAGGUAGGAUCCUGUCUUGUGGGUUCCUAGCUCUGCUAUUUACCUGACUCCCUACUUCCCCCACACUUCAUUGUCUCUCAUCUUGAAAGCCAGUCUUUUUCCAACCGUUCUGCCACCCUGUAGAUGGCAAAGAGCAGCAAUUUGGGUUUUUCAGUACACUUACUGAAAGGUGUCCUCUGAUUUUCUGAAUAAGCUAAUGAACUACCCGUUGAGUUCGAUUAAUGCUUAGCAUUUUAACCAGAUUCUUUGUGGGGAAAACUGGUCAAAAAAUUGUGAUAAACAUGCCUUGUGAACGAGAGAUAAAGAGAUAGACUGGAGUUGAAACAUUUGCUGUUACCUGUUUCCUUGUCCCAGUUUUCAGUCUUGCACAAUUUGGCAGUGUAGCAAUAUUGUCGCUAAUACAAAUACCUCAAUAGCCAGUACUCCAGGGAACCAGCAUGAGGGAAAUCAACAUUUUAACAUUGCAAUUGUAUGGAUUUCAAAAUUGAAUGUGUGUGAAAUAGCUGAACUGCAAAACCACUUACGGACAGCUCUCACACUUUGUACCCUAGACUAAGAGGACUCUGUCAUUUAAAUACCUACUAGAACUUCUUUAGGUAUAUGUUUUUGUGGGAUGGCCGUUCUCAGACCUCAGUGCUCGUGUCUGCUGUGGACAACUGUUUCAGUAUUAGCUACCUGUAUGUUCUGUUGUGUUUUUAUUAAGAAUAUUUGUUUUUGUGUGCGCGCGCACGCAUGUACCUGCGCAUGCAUAUUUUUAAAAUAUCAUUUGACAAUUUCUUAACUUAUUUUUGGUGUUUUACAAAGAAGUUUUUUUUUAGUGAGUUUGGUAUACUUCUUCCCUACACAGUCAGUUCAGAAUUUCCAAGUGUUCAGCAAUGGAAAUUGUGAAUUAUGGGAUUUCAAUAAAAUAUUUUACUAGUCACUGA